AUGAUGACUGCUGCAUCCAUAGCCUCCACGGACAUAGGGCUGCUGCUGCAAGAUGAUGUUUUUGUUGACUUUUUCAACAUCUUUCUGAACCUUCCUGUUUUUGGGCAGACACCCCUUUACAUCAGCGGCACGGGCCGGUGGUGCCUGUGGCCAGAGCUGCCGAGCCACCUGGAUGCCAGCCCCGCGGCUUUACUGGCUUGGUUGGAAAAGCAGCGGCUGCCUCACUUCUGCAAAUCCAGCCUGUGCCUGCACCUGGUGCUCUGCCAGAAGCUGCUGGGUUUCAUUCGCUCGGGGGAAGCAGCAGAGCUCCUGAACUGGCAGAGUGCUGACCAGUGGCUGCUGGAGAGAUGCAUCGGCGGGACACAGGGCAUGCGGCACUUCUGCGCCUUCCUCCGAGGGACAGCAGGGGAAGAACUGAUCGACUUCUGGCUCAUCACUGAAAGGCUCCUGGAUCUGGACGAGUCAGAUGGGAGUCAGAGGGAGCUGUUCUUGUCCCUGGUGCACAGGCUGAGAGCCACUCACCUGCGUGAGGGCUCCAGUGUCAUCACCUUCUGCACCACCAUCGUGGGAUCUCUUCCGAAAGCCAGGCACAUCCAGUCCAUCAGCACCAGGAGGGAGAUCCUCAGCAAGAUGCAGGAACAGGUCCUUUUUAUGAUUCAGAGUUACUGGCUCCCUAAAUUCUUCGUGCACUGCAAGAUGGGAAUGGAGGAAGAGGAAUCGUGCUGGCCUUUGCUCCAGGAAUAUCAGGAACGUUUAUCACAGGCUGGCUGGCAGCAGCCCCCAGGCCCUUCAGAGCCCCUCCCCACGAUGCACGUCAAAAGGAGCCAGGGUGUGCCAGGGCCCUACUGCAGCCAGAAGGCCAAAGCAGAGGUCUGGGCUCUGGUCAAGGAGGGCAGAGACAUCCAAGAAUUGAAAAUGGCCACUUUUCGGGUGAAAGCAGAGAAGCAGCCAGAGGCAGCUGGGAGCAGGGAGGAAUUGUGUCUGGAUAAGGAUGCGCUGGGAUCGAUUCCCCAGCAGUCACAGCAUCCUGCCUUUGGAGGCAGAGGAGGAGCAACAUUUCCUAGCAGACCUCAGUCCAGUGCAGAGCAGGAUCUAGAAAACGUCUGUAAGGAGAAAAUCCUCUCUGACCUGCUUCCCUCUGCAUCCCUUGCCCGGCUACCAUCCCUGAAAAAGCCAGUCAAGACCUUGGAUUUCCUUCCCUGGGCUCUGAGUGCCGAGGCCUGUGCAGGAAGACCCUUCAGAGAUUUCCUGCAGCAGCAGAACCGGCCCAUGGAGACUCAUCUCCUGGAUCUGUGGCAAGACCUGGAGGAGUUUCUGCCCGUGGUGCUGGACUCCAACAGAGAAAACAGCUUCUUCCUGCGCCAUUUGAUUGGGGAAAAGAUCUGCAAGACCUACCUGGAGGACAGCAGCAUUGAGAAGCUCCCCUUGGAGACCAGGACUCUCGUCAGUUUGUGGAACCAUCUGAUAUGUGGAGAAUUCUCCCCCUGGAUAUUCAGAGCCCAGAAAGAGAUUUGUAAGGCUCCAGGCAUGGAUGUCCCCAUGGCUGAAGUGCCAGGCCAUGCUGCUGCCAGAUGGGGACAUUUCCACUUGUCCCAGAGGAUGAACCAGUCCCUGCAGCUGAGCCAGGCCUUGCAUGGCACAAGGAGCUUGGAGGGGGUCUCCUCCAAGCACUGGCAAUUGCUUGCUGCUCAGGACCUGCAGAAAGGGGGUUCCAUCCAGGCAGAGAUGGAGCUGCUCCUGGGCAGCGCUGAAUUCCAGAGGAUGAUAGGAGAUGAGCUGGCUGUGGGCAGCCCAAGCAAGGAAGAGGAGCUUCUGCAGCUCAUGAGCGCAGCACUCGCUGUUGCAUCGGAGAGGAUUGCUCGAGAGAAUGCUGCUGCUGCUGCAAGGAAGAGGGCAGCUAGAAAACGCAGGUCUGGCACCUUGCAGCACACAGCUUUGCUCCUUCCAGAGCAAAGACCUUUCAGGUUCUUCCUAGUGCUCCCCUGUAGUGCCACUGCUCAUUUGGCCCUCUCAGAUAAGAAGAAAAAGACAGAGAAGCAGAAAAAUACAGAGAAGGAGAAAAAGAAAGAGAAGCAGAAAAAACAGAAGCAGAAGAGGAAGGAACAGCAGCAGGAGGAGGAUUUGUUUCCCUGGAGCAAAAAGCCCAGGUCUAGGCGUCCUCGGCUUGUGAAGGAAGGGCCAGAGGACCUCAAGACACCAAGGAUGGGAUGGGCCUGGGAUGCCAUCCGGGAGCUUGUCAGGAGCUUCUGCAAGUUCCAGAGGGACAUGAAGAAUCACGCACGGCGUGCAGAAUUUGAGGAGUUUCUCCGUCAGGAGCGAAGAAACAAGAGGGAAAAUUUGCCUGUCAAGGAGAAGAAGAGCAAAAGUCCUGCCAAGAGCUCCCACAAGGACAAGGGCAAGGGCAAGGGCAAGGGCAAAGGGCAGGUGAAGAAGGUGACGCUGGUCAAACGCCGCAUUUUGGACAAACAGCUCAUCGUCGUCAGCUUCCUCGUUGACGACCUCCGCUUUUACCUGGAGAUAGACAAGUUUUCCAGGCUGGCUGACUGCAUGGAAGCUGCAACACCCUGCAAUAUGCAGUCAGAAAAGCAUAGUUCCUUUCUCAAAAAGAAACUUGAGGUCAUCAGCCAAGUUUUCCUGAACUCUGACGUCCCCCCCAAGCUGCGGGUCAACAUCUCUGAGAAAGAGAGGGAUUUAAUCUGGCGUUCAUCUGCCAAGGGGCCGCUGACCCGGGCCAUCUACCACAACGCCAAGGUCGCUCUCUUCCCCAUCCUGAUGUACUUCUGGAGAAGGUUCUGCACCUGGAAGGUGAUGAGGAGCUUUCGGGCCUACCAGGAGGUCAUGAGCUCUAGCACCCAUCAGGAGGAGGAGAGCUUUCAGCUCACCAAGGAGGACGGGAGCUCCCAGGUCCAGCAGGAGAGGAGCUCUCAGGAGCCCAAGGGAGGCAGGAGAUCCCAGUUCAAACAGCAGGAGAGGAGUUCUCAGGAGCCCAAGGGGAGCAGGAGAUCCCAGGUCCAACAGGAGAGGAGCUCUCAGGAGCCCAAGGGAGGCAGGAGAUCCCAGUUCAAACAGCAGGAGAGGAGUUCUCAGGAGCCCAAGGGGAGCAGGAGCUCCCGGGGCCGCAAGGAGGGCAGGGUUCCGGCCUCUUCACCUCCUGGAAAAAGCUCCUCCAAAGCACCCAAGACACCCGGGCCCACGAAGAUGGUGGCCAUUCCCUCUACUACACAUUAUAGUCCAGGUAAAAAGGCUGUCCUCACCUACACAAUGUCAGAAGGCCUCGAGUUCCUGCUGCCACGGCCCCCAAAGAAAACGGAGCCUCCAGAGGAGAAAAAAGAGCAGCAGAUGAGCCACGGGGAGCUGGGAGCAUCCCUGUGCACACAAGCAUGUACACCCUCAGCAUGCAGGAGCCAGGACAGGGAGCACCUGAUCCCAUCACUGGGCUCAGCCAGCUGUCCUGGGGAGCCCCAGCAGAGGAAAAAGGCAGAGACACAGCAAAUGCAGGCAGGACAGCAUUUGACAAUGAAGCAUUUGGCAAUGAAGCGUGUGGGGUCAAAUCACACUCCUGGGCACCCUUCGUGGGCUGCAAACCUGCCUGAGGAAAAGGCAGCACCUCCCAGGUGGGCACUGCUGCUGGGACAUGCCACAGCACUAAUUUUGGCAGCCGGUUCUGCCCCCAGCUCCCCAGGACAGCUCCAUCUUCGGGCUGUGCCCCAGACACUGCCACACCACCAGCUGCAGCGCUGCCCGGCAGUUUUCCGUCCUGCCUGGUGUCUCACUGGCCCGUCCUCCUGGGAGAGGCAGCCUGGUGUUUUUCACAGAAUUCACAGAAUGAGCAGCUUGGAAGAGACCUGCAAGAUCAUCGAGACCAACCCAGCCCCAGCACCUCAACUGAAUCUUGGCACCCAGUGCCACAUCCAGGCUUUGUUAAACACACCCAGGGAUGGUGACUGCACCACCUCCCCGGGCAGCCAUUCCAGAGCUUUAUCACUCUUUAUGUGAAAAACUUUUUCCUGAUAUCCAACCUGUAUUUCCUUGGUGCAGCUUGAGGCUGUGUGCUCUGGUUGUGUCAGUGCUGCCUGGAACAAGAGACCAACAGCCUGCUCCCAGUCCUGCAUUCCUUCCUCCCAUGGGCCGUGUGUGAAGAAAAUCCAUAACCCUGCCCUGGAGAGAAAAACCCCUCAAGCCAUAACCACCUUGUUAGGGUGAGGAAAAAUACUUCUCCCAGCAUGUCUUGCUGUGACAUGCAGAUUAAGUGUAUCCCAUUGGCCCUUCCAUCCCUAUGCCCUCAUCCCAUUGGCCCUGCUGUUCUGCCCCGCCCCUCAAAAUCCAUAUAUAAACCUCUGCUUUUCCUCUUGGAGUGGCUCUUCAGUCCUGGACACUUUUGAUGAAGAAGCUUAGUAAAGCUCUCAUUGGAGCCCCACACAAAGAGCUGAAGUGACCCAGCGUGAGCACAGAUGUGUCUGUGCCCCCGAGGUGUAUUUUUCAAGAUGCUUUUUUGGGGAAGGCCGUGGCACCGAUGCUCCAGGAGCAGCCUGCUGUGCUGAUGCUGUGCAUGGAUCAGGUUUCUUCUCUGACACCAGGACAGAGCACAGGAGCCAGCCAGAGAGAUAAGUCACAGCCUGGCUGGGUUUAAUCACUGCUCUGUUUUGAGGCUGCCUGUUGUGGAACAGCAGGAACAGCAAAAACUUGUGCCAACUCUUAGUGCCUCCCCAGCCAGGGUGCCCUUUUGCUGCCACAGCAGGAUUCUCCCCACAAUGACAUGGGGACAGGAACGGAAUCACCAAAUCCCUUUAAAGAUAGCUCAGGUGCUGUUCUUGAAGGGUUUUAGUUGGGGAUGGAUUCUACGUCGGACCAAAAUAAAGAUGUCCCACAAGGGAAAAUUCUGAUUAAAAAAAAAUAAA